AUGUGAUUUUUCCCUUGGUUUUGUACUGUAUGCUUUGGUUUUGUACUAUUGGCUGAUAUGGCAGAAGUUAUUGGUUCGGAGGAAAAGCCCAUUUUUCCUAUCCUGGCGGAGAGAAUUUAUUAGUAAAAUAGAGAGAGAGUGAGGGAGAGAAUUCUGAGAGAGAGAGAGAGAGAGAGAGAGAGAGAGAGAGUUUCAUGACAGAGGAAAUGGAGAGAAGGCUUUCAGAGGCAGCAAUGAAAGGAAGUGUAGAGUCACUGAUCAAUCUACUCCAACACGACCCACUAAUUAUUGACAAAGCCAUAGCCUCAUGCAUCUCCCAAUCCCCUCUCCACCUAUCCUCCCUCCUCGGCCACCUAGACUUCACCACCGAGUUACUGACCCGAAAGCCCGAGUUCGCAGCCGAGUUGGACUCGGAAGGCAGCUCGCCCCUCCACCUGGCAGCAGCAAAGGGCCACCUGGAAAUUGUAAAAAGGCUGCUACUGGCAGCUCCGGAGAUGGGUAUGGUGCGGAAUUCCGACGGGCGGACGCCGCUGCACGUGGCGGCGAUGAAGGGAAGAGUUGAGGUGGUGGCUGAGUUGGUCCGAGUUGUGCCCGAGUCGACUCGGAUGGUGACGGACCGCGGCGAGACGGGUUUGCACCUGUCCGUGAGGCAUAAUAGGGUGGAGGCGUUGAGGGUUUUGGUUGAGGUUAUGAGGAGAGACGGGGAGUUGGUGAAUUGGAGAGAUUGUGAUGGGAAUACCAUUUUGCAUAUUGCUGUGGCCAAGAAGCAUAUUGAGAUCAUAAAGUUUUUACUUACUAAUGGUUCUGUAGAAGUAAAUGCAUUGAAUAGAAAUGGUUCAACAUCUUUAGACAUCCUAAAACAAAGUCCCAGAGACUUGAGAGAUUCAGAAAUCGAGGAUUCACUUCGACAUGCUGGAGGCUUAAGUGCGAAGGACUUGCAUUUGAUCACGGAUGAAUGGGUGCCUACAAAAGGUCCUCAGAUCGCCAAACGCCUCUCCUCGCACCAAAAAAGUUCGAAAAAGCCUAUACCAAAGCAUAAGCAUACAGAUUGGCUCGGUAGGAAGCGAAGCGCGUUAAUGGUGGUGGCAUCCCUAAUUGCCACUGUGGCAUUUCAAGCCGGACUAACCCCACCAGGUGGUGUUUGGCAAGACGAUUAUCAACUAGACUCCAAUGGGAACCCCGUGGAUGACCCUCACACCGUUGGAACUGCUGUAAUGGCGUACAAAGACCAUAUUCAGUACAGUCUAUUCAUGAUCUUCAAUACAAUUGCUUUUCUAGCAUCGCUUAGCAUAAUUCUUCUACUCGUCAGCGGAUUACCUCUAAAGAGGCGUAGGUGGAUGUGGGUUCAAAUGGUGAUAAUGUGGAUCUCAAUUACUGCUCAAGUACUGACUUAUUUCCUUGCCCUAAGGAAUAUGUCGCCGAAGAGUGUCAGUGCACAAAGCAUGUUGCGCGAAGUGACUGAGAUAUCGGUGUUGACUUGGUUGUGUCUGAUGAUGGUUGUCUUCAUUGGAAACAUUGUUCGGAUGAACUUGUGGAUUCUUAGAAAGUAUGGGUAUAUAAAAGAGAAAGAGAGAAAACAAGAAGAUAUUGAUGAUGAAGGAGAAGGAGAAGAAGAAUGAGGUUGAGAUUAACAUAAAGAAGGUACCGGUCCUCAGUUAUUAGAGAUUGCCCACCAUGUUUUUGUUCUUACAGGUUUGUCUAUAUUACUUGUGUUCAACUUCAUAUUAUUUUUUAGCACGUGAUAUGUAAUCCAGAUACUGAUUUAGGCCGAUAGGAUUGUAGAUUACUGCGAGCGUAUGAUAGAUGUGCUACGAUUUUUUUUGUGAACCGAGAUCCUGUUGAUACCAAAAUUAUCAUCUUUUUUGUAUCAGAAGCUAUGAUUUAUGAAGAAAUUAGAAGUGAAGGCCUAAAACCACCUAUGGCCUUUUCCAUUUUCGUA